CUGAAGAUGGCGCUAUCGAGGGCGAUGAGCUUCUCUGCUCUGCUUCUGCUGCACUUUGGGCUUCAGCUGGUUGGUGGUGCUGAGACUCUCAGCUGUCCUGCACCCGCUGGGGUUCCAGGAACUCCUGGACACAACGGCGUUCCUGGAAGAGACGGUAGAGAUGGACUUCCCGGACCCAAAGGAGACAGGGGAGAGCCAGGGCUGAAUGUACAGGGACCACCAGGAAAACUGGGACCAGCAGGUCCACCAGGACCCAGAGGAGAGAAAGGAGAUGCAGGUUCUCCUGGAAUCACACAAAGUACGGACGAAUCUCUUCAGAAGGAAAUAUGGACUCUUAGAGCCCGACAGUCCCUGAUGGAGAAAGCUAUGAGAUUCCGUACGUUUGCUAACGUCGGGGAGAAGUACUUUGUGACCGAUGGGGUUACAAAGGCCCUUGAUGACGGAGCAGCUGGUGCCAUACUGGCUGUACCAAGGAACAGUGAGGAAAACCAAAUGCUGGUUAAAGUAUCUGACAUCAUUGGAUCAUUGAGACCUUUCAUCGGUGCAACUGACCGCAGGACGGAGGGCGUGUUCGAGGAUUUAGAGGGGACACCACUGAAUUUUUUUAACUGGAAUAAAGUAGAACCCAACAGUUAUGGAGGGGACGAGGACUGUGUUGGGGUGGACAAAGAUGGGACGUGGUAUGACUUGCCAUGUACAAGCGUUCACCUCAUAGUUUGUGAGUUAGCAUAACAGUGUUCCAACACAAAGACAUGCUGUGUACGUCAUUUCUCUGUGAGGCUGAAUAUAGAAACCCACACUGGUGCCGCCUUAUUUACAGUAAUCACUGUCAUAGAAAUCCCCAAACACACCUGUAAACACACCUGGAUACAAUGACUAUCUGAAGUAUAAUGUCAAACAAUAAAAUAGUGACACUAAACUAACAAG